AUGGCUACUACAACGGCCAUUGCCAUGGAUAUUAAUGAUAACGAAGACAUAGUAUCAAAUACAGAUACUUUGAUUUAUGAUGAUGAAGAUAUUCAAUUAUUAGGUGACGAGAUAAAUGAAAAUAAUUGGCGAUAUGCAUUUCAAGAAGUAUUAGAUGAUAUACAUGAAAAUAAAUUAGAUGAUGGCACAAGAUUACUUUCAUACGAUAAUCCAUGUAAAAUUCGAGUAAAGAAACUUGGUGGUACACCUUAUACAUUUCCAUUAUCAAAUGCAUUAUGUUCUCGAAUUAUUUGUGAACAUGGUAUACCAUUAUCUCUUAUAAAUACAUAUGAUUUUUGUGGAACAAAAGUUACAAAUUCAGCAUGGGAAAUUGAUCAUAGUGCAAUUGAUUUUCCGCUUUCAUUUACAGCUGCUAUUCAAUCUCAAACAUUUGAACAACUUCAUUUGAAUACAUCAGAUUUAAAUACAGAAUUUUAUUUAAAUCUCGAUAAACUUAUUAUGUUUGGUCCAUGUACACAAACAAAAGUUUAUAAUUUUGAUGAAAAACUCUUUAUUUAUCUUGCUACUGUACUUGUUUUUUUACCUUCAUAUUAUACAGGUGGUAAUUAUCGAUUUAUUGAUGAUAAUGAUGAUAGUGAUGAUGUUCAUCGACAUACUUUCAAUCAACAUGAAUCAGAUAAUUCAAAACCUUUUAUUCUUAUCGUACCAUCUGAUUGCCAACAUGAAAUUGAACCAAUUGGAAAAGGUUUUAAACUUCUACUUGUUUAUCAUCUUGUUUCAAAAACCAGUUCAACUCAUGAAUUCUAUUCACUUUUAUCAAAAUCAAAUAAUAAUUCAAUGAAUAUUCAGAAUAUAUUUUUAACACAACGUCUUAAUCAUAUAUUUACUUAUUGGGAAAAAAAUCUUGAUAAAAUGCCUAGUAAAAUAUUAAUUCCAAUUCAACAUUCAUUAGAUUAUACUCCUUUUUUUUCAAUGCUAUUUCGUGAUAAAUAUCGAACAAUUCUUCAACUUAUUACAACAACAUUAAGACAAUUAUCAUCGUCAUCAUCAUUUCUUAUAUAUUCAGCUUUAUUACAGCAAGAUGAACCAUUUGGUAAUACAACCGAUUCAAGAUUACUUAUUAAUAAUCUUAAAUUAUUAAAUACUACGAAUGAUUUCAUUCUUGAUUUAAACAUUCAACAUGAACGUACAGUUAUACCUAAUGAAGUUCUUGGCGAACUUCAUAUGUAUAUUGAUGCAUAUGAACAAUCGGGUGGUCGUCAACAAACUCUUUCUAAUGGUAAUGUAGUAUAUCGUAAUUAUUCUAAAUUUCAUGUUCUUGUUAUAAUACCUUAUGAAUAUCAAUGGGACCUUUUACUCGAUGAUUAUUCAUUUGCAUGUCAUCAUUUAUCUUAUAUGCUUUCAUUACCAACAAAUUCAUUAAAUAUUUUAUGUCUAAAUUUAUUGGAAUGUAUUCUUCGUAAUAAAACUUUAUCAAUACUAUCAUUUGAUCAACUUAUACGUUAUUUUAUUCAACUUUAUAAUCGUAUUGGUUUAGCAAAAAAAUUAAUUCAAUUAUUGAAAACUCUUUUUCAACAUAAGCAAUUUAAAGAUGAAUUAUUUUCUAAUAAAAUACUUCAUUAUUGGUUAAAUCGUUUAGUAGAAUGUUUUCAUUCAUGGCCACUGUUUUCAAUGGAAUUUUUAGAUUUAUUUCGGAAAUCAAUUAGUACAUCAAUGCCAACAAAACUGAAUGAAAUUGUUCAAUUUUUAUUACAAUUUUCUCAUAAAACAUUACGAACUUUAUUAAUUAAUACUUUACUUCGUUAUAUAUUGAAACGACGUGGAUUACCAAGACAUAUUUUAUUAUCAACAUGUUGUUCAAUUUUACAUUUAUUAAUUGUUGAUGGGUCAUAUUCAAUGGAUGCAUUAUUAACUCUUGCAUAUAAUAUUAUAAAACGUGUAAGAAAAACAUCAUUAGCAAAUAAAAUUCUUGAUAAAUCUUUUAAAAUGUAUUUAAUACCAAUGUUAAUAAAUAUUUAUCGUGAUAUAAAAGACAAAGAAAAACGUAUUCAUUCAAAAAUUUCUUUAUCACCUGCAUUUAUUCUUAUUUAUGAAUAUUGUUUAAAUACUCUUAAUUAUUAUUGUAUAUCAACAUUAUCAUCUUCAUCACCAUUAAAUAUAAUAUCAAUGAAUGAAGCAUUGUUAAUAUGUCCAUGUACAUCAUGUGCUCGAUUACAAGUUUUUUUAAUUGAUCCAAAAAAUUCAACAUUAAUAUAUGAUUUAUCAUUAAGUCUUACUGUUGAUCAUUGUCUUCGUCAUACAUUGAGUAAAUUUCCAAUGUUAUCGAUUGAAUAUAAACAUGAUCCAUGUACAGGUCGUGAACAAACAUUAAUUAUAUCGAAAUAUGGUUACGAACAAGAACAAAAACAAUUAUGUUUUCAUCUUCGUCGUUUAUUAUUACAAUUACAUCAGAUAUAA